GCCGGCUUCGGUGCACUUCCGGCGCGCCCCUGGGGGAGCUGCGCUUUUUCCUCGAGCUCGGGGGAGGCCGCGCCGCGUGUGGAAAGCGCGACCGGUCGUCACCCGAGCUGAGGAAUUAAAAAUUUUCAUGUAAACUGGUUUGAUAGCGCGUACGGUGGUAGAGUGGGGAUCGCGAAUACGCGCCUCGUCGGUCAUUAGCUGGCUCGCGGUGAAGCGCGCGCGCGUUCCGCUCUUCGCAUAAGCGGUCCCGCGUUCACGUAAAUAGUGCAGUACCCCAUUUUGGUAUAUACGAGAUCCUCGGAUAUUGAUCGGCUAUUGUGAAUAUGUGUGCUAUCGUGAAAUGUCAAUUAAACUUGUACUGUGUUUUUAAAAUUAUAAUGUGAAAUGUUAAUUCCAAUUUAUAAAUUAGGUCUCCCUUGGAAUCAGGAUAUUAAUUAGUUAGUAAUUAUCAAAAGUAAUGAAGAGUUCGAAAAUACAAAAGCCAUAGAUAUAGGUAGAUACUCGAAUAGUGUAACGUUAAUAAUAUUUAGGUAAAUCUUAAAUAUCUCUUAUCAGUUGCUAACAGUUCAUUAAUUCGUGAUCAUGUCACCGCAUUAUAAUGUGGACCACGACACUAAUUUCAUGCAAAACAAACACGGUGAGCGAUAAGCGGAUGAUGAGAACCUCGCAACGACGGGCCGGGCUCCCGCCGAAUUUCCCUUAUCAAAUGUUUAGUACGGCCCAAGGUCGCGUGUUAUCACUCGCGGUCGUGCGUCGCGGAUGGAUACGUUUCUGUGAUUGUGAGCAUCACUGCAAAUUGUUCAUUUUUCUGCACUUGUGGUGAUUACAUCAGAUCGUAGUUUAAUUUGUUCCAUUCAGGUUCGUUCACUGGAAUCAGUUUUAGUGUGGUGUGUGAUGUAGAUCGCGACCUACUUGGGUGUGAUUGAGGAUAAAACAAUAUAAAUAGCUCGUCAACGUUAGUGGACGUUAGCGCCGAGAACUAACCGCCCGCGUAACUAGUGCGCUUCGAGGAGACGCAUGCGAAUCAAAACUUGAGACUGGUGCCGUGGAAGAUAUAAUUGUUGCGGGUGAUGUUGGCAUGAUGCGGCACGCUGCGAACGCGGCGGCGGCUUGGACGGCGCCCGGUGAAGUCUGGGAGUACGUCAGCCAAUUGGUCAGCUCCUAUCACGACCAGCACGACUGCCAGUUUCCAUCUCCUGUCGCCGAAAGCGUUGCUUGUGGCAGUAGUACGUCAUCAUCGACAUCCUCGUCGUCUUCUUCAUCAUCGUCGUCGUCUUCCUCGUCGUCUGACUCUGAUACCGCGGAUGCCGCUGGUGGUUCUGCACACGCCUCUGCAGAUGACUCUAGUGCUGCACUUGCAGCUGUUUGCCAACUACAGGUUAUCGACGAUGCGGACCUCGCCGAAUUAUUUCCAGAACAAACAUCUGGUGCAUCGGCGCAACAGUCUAAUUUUACAAACUUCUCUGUGCACAAUGCAUCACCUGAAAAUGAUGACAAGUCUAUUGCCGACAAUGGCGAUGGUUCGAGUAGUGAAAUGGAACUCACUCCUCAGUUAGUGACAGCUGCCAUCCAGAGGGCAACAGCAGAUUCGUCCGGCUCAGAAAAUGAGUGUUCUAACUCAGAAGUUGGACAUCAAAACACUACUCACUAUGCAUCUAGUCUAUUGCAACAAUUCGAAGCACAAACGCAACUCCUAAGUAGUACAACACCUUUAGCAAAUAUCAACUCUUCUGCAGCAUCUACAAUGAACUGCGGACUAAAUUCAGAUCCUAUAGAUGGUGUUGGAACAAUAAAUGAUUGUGUACUUGGACAGAUAAAUAAUUUGCCUGAAAUUGCUCCAAUCACGCCAAACUUUUUAACUACCAGUCAACAUUUGAGUCCACAGCAAACCGAAGAACUUUCCCAAAUAAAUAAAGAUCUCGAAGAAAUUACAUCUGUUACAGAGGGUAUAUCAAUACCAAAUCCAAGUUUAGAAGAUUGUGUUGAUAAUAAUGAUUUCAUGAACUUGGAUAUAACACAGGCUGGUUCUGAUUUAGGAAAUGCAAACGAUUUGUUAAAAAGUUCUCCAUUAACUGUGAGCAGCACUGAUAUGGUUAGUCAUCAAAUCGAUAGCCAAAAACUAGAUACUAUCAGUACCAAUUCAAUUGAAUCUCAGGAAGAUGUUAAAAAUGUAAUUGUAGAAUCAAGACGGAAAAGAGGGAGACCGCGAAAAGUGAAAAAAGUUGAUGAGGACUUUAGUUCUAAAAAUAUGGAAUCUCAGAAAGAAGAUAAAUCUGUUGUAAAUGUAAUUAAUUUUCAUAAUAAUAACGAUCCACCGAAUGUAUCACCAGAUUCUGGCAUCUUAUCAAAUCAUAAUUCACCUACACAAUCCCCAAUGCGACGACAUGACGAAGAUGAUACUCACAACAAUAGACUAGCUAGAAAAUCUAUUCAAAAAGAAAAUAAUACAAGAGAAAGAAGAGCUGUAAGAUCAAAAUCUAAAAGCAAAAGUAGAAUUCAAAAUAGAUCUGAUUCAAGCGAUUGUGAUUAUCAGAAAAAGAGAUUAGAAAAUGAAGUUAAACACAUAAAAACCGAAGCACCUUCACCAGUUCCAUUAAAACAGGAGCAAAAUAAAUAUGAUAAAUCAAAGAAAAACGAUCAAAAAUUAGAUAUCGCUGCUUUAGAUAGAAUGUUAUAUGCAACUGAUAGAGUUUUGUAUCCACCUAGAAAAAAAGUCGGCCGUAAACCACAAAUUAAAACGAAAGCAGCUACUAAAACAACACCUAAAACUCUGAAAGAUAAAAAUCAAUAUGAUUCUGGAGACAGUGACGAAGAUUCUAUGCCAUCUAAUGGAUCUGUUUUAUCAGGAGUGUAUGCUAAAAGAAAAGAAGUAAAUAGUAAAUUAGCAAAUUUGCCCAAAAAGAAUGCAAAAACAUUUACUAAUACAUGGAGAGAAAAUCAGAGUGAAAACGAGGCUGCAGCAGAUGAUCCACUUGAUCCUACAUGGAAACAGAUUGACCUUAAUCCGAAAUACAAAGAUAUUUUAUCUGGGUAUAAAAGUGAUCACGAAUUUAAGCCUUAUAAAAGCUGUAGUCGAUUAAUAGAGUCAGGUUAUAAAAGUGAUUAUGGGUGCAGAUCUGGUUACAAAAGUGAUUAUUAUCGCUCUGGUUAUAAAAGUGAUCACAAGUCUGGUUAUAAAAGCGAUAAAUCGGGAUACAAAACGGAUUAUAGCGUACGAAGUAUGCGACGGCGCAUGCGAAAGUUAAAGAAAACUAGAUCAGUACGAGAUAGAUCAUAUUAUAAAAACCAAAAACAUUUUGUAUCCGAUCAGGAAAUUUUACUGAUAACAAAUAAAACAUUCAGUAGCUUAACUUUGGGACAUAGUUCGAGUGAUUCUGAAUGUGAAAGUUAUUUGCGAAAACCCAGUGCUAGCCCAAAAUAUGUAAGUGUUUGCACUAAAUAUCCAUUGCCAUCGAAAUAUGAUUUUGGGUUUACAAAAACGCAGAGAAAACAAGUGUUACGAUUGAAUUCGUCAGAUCCAUUCGCGCCGGGACCCGUAUUCAGUGGACUGCAGCGACCAGUCACAACAUACAACAUUUUUAAAGUUAGUCACAAUAAUAAUAAUACUUUACUUAAAUCUCCUACAAAGGCUAGUUACAUUGGAAGUCCAUUACCAGCCUUAAAACCUGUCUUCACUCAUAAAUUUGGUUCAUCUCCAAUUUGUACUAUUGCCAAACUAUCAGGAUCAAAGAAAGACAAUGAAUCCAAUUCUAGACAUCUUACUAGAAAUUUGUCUCCAAAAAAUCGCAAACAGUCAAAGAAUGGAAGUACAGUAUUUUCUGGUUCUGCUAAAAAAGAAAAUAUUCUAAAACCACUUCCAAGUAUUUUUGAAAAAGCAAAAAAUAGUUAUAUUCCGCAUAAGUCAUUAUCAAGAAAUGUUUUCUUAAAUUUCAAGAAACCUCAUAUAAAGCCGACCUUUCAUAUUAAAAGACAUAGAAGGACAGUAGUAUUAGCUCCACCAAAAAUUAAUUUAAAGCCUGUUGAAAGGCCCUCGCGAAUUACAGUGAAGACAGAGAAUAAACAUCAUAGGCACAGAAGCAAAAGACGACAUCGUUCAAGAUCAGUAUCUAAAUGUCGAGAGUCUUAUACUAAAGUUAUAGAUUCAGUAGAUCAGAAAUUUAGUCAAGAUAUGGAUAAUUUAGUUUCAAAUUUUAUCAAAAUAUGUCAGAUUGCGCCAAAAAUUAUUACUAACGUAGCGCAAAAUCAAACAAAAAAUGUAGAAAAACCAGUAACUGAGAGUUUGUCAACCAAAGUGGUAAAAAGAGGGUCGAAAAAACGUAAGACUUCAGAUAAUCAAGAAAUUGCCACCCCCACUUCAAAACGAAGACACAAAAAACAAUUAACAGAAUCUCAAAGUAAAGGAGGCAAAGAUACAAAUGAGCAUAAAUUACCGCUUAAAAAGAGACACUAUCAUAUUAAUUCUUCUACCAGCAAUAGUUUGAGUCUUAGUUUAGUUACUGCUGAAUUUGAUGAGAAUUCCAAGUAUGAAAGCAAUCCAGAAAAUUGUUUAUGUACUGAAACGGAUUGUAUGGGAGAAAUGCCUAACAAUUUGUCUAAUGAAUCUCCCAAAUCGAAAAAUUCACACGAGAAAAGUAAAAAAGUUGCCGAAAAUUCAAAAGCCAAUGGUCAAGUAAACAGUGCUGAUGUAAAAAAUAAUGAUGUUAAUAAAACAAAACCUAACCUAGUGACAAUAACAGAAUCAGUAAAGGUUGCUGAAAGUGUGACCAGUGCUGUCACUACUAAACAUCAAUCUCCUAAUCGCCAUAAUACAACUGAUGAUGAAUCGUGUAAUAAAAAGCGGUCAACAGAGCAAUCAGAAUUAUCUAAAAAAAUAUUCGAAACAUCUGAAAAACUAAAAGCUGUUGAUAAAAUGGUGCAGGAUUUAGAGAAGUCAUUGCCAAAAUCAAAAGAGAUUGAUAUUAAGGUAGAGAUAUCAAAACAAGAUGCACAUAAAGUGUCAUCACCAAAAUCUGAAGCAAAAUUAUCGCCAAUGAGAAAUUCUGCACCAAUAGUUACUCCUAAGAAAAGGCAUAGGUUAGAAGCAGAUAAAGUUAUGACACAUUCAAGCUUAGAUCAAGUGGUACAAUCAUUAUCUAAAAAAUUAUCCGAAGAAAAACCUAGUAACAUAGUUAAUAAUAAAGACAACAGCACUAAUAGUAACAUUAAAGGAGAUUCUAAAGAAUCUGAAACUCCUAAUACAGUAUCAUCCAAUACCCUUUUACCUGUUAGUAGCAACACUGCUACCGUCGAUCCCUUAAAAAGUAUGUCUGCGCGGUCUUUGUACAAAAGUGCUAUACCUCCAGCACAAAAAUCGGAAAUAAUGACUCGAAAGAAAAAUAGAUUAGAGGGACUGACUAGUAAUUUAGUUUCAAAAAUUAAUCCAAGUGCAGCUACAAAAGUUUUGGAUACUUUACUUAAUAACAAUAUACGAAAAUCUAUAGAAUCGCGUAUACUGGAAAAAGAAAAGUCAAAUGCAGAUACAGGUAAUAAAAUAUCUGACGAUAAAAAUAAAAACAAAGAUAAUGCCCAGAUUAAUACAAGAGCUACUGUUAUCAAAUCUCCUGUUUCCAAAGGUAAAGUUCUUGAAACUAAAAAGUCAAAAGCACCUGAGCUUCAACCAAUUAUAGAGCAGGCUGUUGUGGUUAAUAUAGAUAAACCAACAGGUAUAUUUGAGCCAUCAGUGGAUUUAGAAGAUCAAAUACCUAAAUCGUCUAUUUGUGUAAAUAAUAUUUUAUCUGAUGCAAAUAAAAUUAAAGGAAAGUCAAAAUCCAGUGAUAAUAAAUCCUCAAAUGCGUUAUUGACGCCAAUUGAUACAGAAGGUGACAUUCCACUAGCGUUGAUAUCAGAGACACCUGAUCCUAUCAUAAGGCCUAAAAGAGGAGAAUCCAUUGCUGCCGUGUUAUCCGACAAAAUCCAAGAAACAUCUGGAGGGCAUAAUUUAAGACAACCAAAAAGAAAUUUAAGUAAUGAAAAUGACGAUGGAAGUGACAACAAAAAGAAAAAGAAACUAAACAAUAUUAUAAGAGAAAGUAAAUUAGUUCUACCUACAAAAAUGUUGAUUCCUAAAAUCCAAGCUGAAAGACUCUCAAUUGGAGAUGCAAAUAAAAAAGUGCUAAAGCCAGAAACUAAUGUACUGAUGAAAAAACCUGAUAUCAAUGAGAAUUUAAGUGAUAAUAAAUCUAUUGAUUCGUCAAAGAAGAAGACCAGACGCCGAAAGGCUAUCAAUAGAACAGGUUUUCCAAGUAUUAAAAAGAAGAAGAAAAAAGUCGAACAAAGUGUUACUUCUGAUAGUCAUUUUACAUCGGAAGACACAGAUAAUAACUCUGCGUUUGAAAGGGUGCCAAAAGAUGGUGAAGCUAUGAGUAGUUUCUUAGAGCGAACUACAAAUAAAAAACCUGAACUCAAAGUAGUGCUUAAUAAAGAAGAGUGUCCAAAACAAGGUCGUUUAACAGUAGUGGCUCUCGAGAAAUUACAGGGUAAAGAAAUUGUGAAAGAUAAUAAUAAUAAAUCAACUAAUAAGUCUGAGAAUAAAGGUACUGAGAAAAAAAUUAAUAAUUCAUCUAUUUUGAGAGCACCUGCAUUGCAAUUAAAGAAUAAAUUAGAAAAAGACCCUAAAAACCAUGUGAAUAAAUGGGAAGUGCUAAGUGAAACUGAUAGUAUUCCAUCUUUGGCUAGUUCCAUUAGUAAUGACCCUGAGGAUAGUAUACCGUUAAGUUUAUUAAAUAUAAAAUCUGACAGACCAGGAAGUCGUUUGGAUAACCUUGAAAGGUUAAAACGUAAAACUAGGGCGAUGUCACCGUCACAAGAGAUAGAAGAAAUAUUUUCAAAACGUAAAGUUGUUGAACGGAAUAGCAAAGUUGCUUUGCGACCUAAGUCUAGUUUAGCUAUAUUAUGUCCAAGCGAAAGAAGAAUGACUAGAAGUUCAGAUAUUGCUAUAGAUGAAGUAAAAAUUAAGAAUAAAAAGGUGGAAAACAAGAAAUCGACGAUAGAGCCCACAUUUGAAAAAUCUAUUAAACCUGAUAGCAUUGCCACAAGAAGGAAGUCUCGUUCUUGUCAAGUAAAUAAAAAAGUGCGUGAAGUACAUUCAAGUUCGCGUGAUAGUUCUUUGGACACUAUCGUAAGUCGUAAAUUAAUAUCGAAAUCUCGUGAACCAUCCGUAGAUACGCUCCGUGAUCAUGAUGAAAAUGAUCCCUUGCCACUCAACGAGAAAGAGAUAGACUUUGAAAAAAGUAUAGAUAUACUAUCAAAGAAUAUAAUUUGUAAGAAACGAGUCGCUUCCUCUCGUGAUGAUAGCCCAGCCAGCAGUGUAGAUAACAGAGAGAAACCUAUUGUGUCUAAAAGAAAUCCGCGACUCAGAAAAAAGUUUUUGGUCGCAGGUCUCUUCUCUGAUUAUUACAAAGAAGACCCAAAACCAGAUGGGAAGGGGAAGAAUCUGGUGACACAAACGGAGUUUCCGCCUGGAUUGCUGGCACCACCGCCUUACUGCGAACGUUGGGUACGACGCAGAUUGAUACAUUUCACGUUGCCUUAUGAUAUUUGGUGGCAGCAACAUUACAAUCAACCUGUACCAUCCUGGAAUUACAAGAAAAUUCGUACAAAUGUAUAUUACGAUGUGAAACCGUCUACCGAGGAGUGCGAGAGUGUUGCGUGUAAUUGUGCUCCAUCAUCGGGCUGCAAUGAGGAUUGUAUCAAUAGACUUGUCUUCUCUGAAUGUUCUCCCCAGCUGUGUCCGUGUGGUGAUAGGUGCAAGAAUCAACGAAUACAGAGACACGAGUGGGCUUCGGGGUUGGAAAAAUUCAUGACUGAAAACAAAGGCUGGGGUGUACGGACGAAGCACAAGAUUACAUCUGGAGACUUCAUAUUGGAGUAUGUGGGUGAAGUUGUCUCUGAUAAGGAAUUUAAGGAGCGCAUGGCGACUCGUUAUGCGCGAGACACGCACCACUACUGCUUGCACCUCGAUGGCGGGCUCGUCAUCGACGGACACCGCGUCGGCGGCGACGGACGCUUCGUCAACCACUCCUGUCGGCCUAACUGCGAGAUGCAGAAGUGGACCUCCAAUGGCACAUUCCGGAUGGCAUUAUUCGCUCUUCGCGAUAUAGAGCCUGGCGAAGAGUUAACUUAUGACUACAACUUCUCUUUGUUCAAUCCUGCUGUUGGUCAGCCAUGUAAGUGCGAUUCGGAGGAUUGUCGUGGUGUCAUCGGCGGAAAAUCACAACGAAUAACGAAACAGCCUCUGAAGACGCAGUCGCGCACUCCGUCGAAUACGUCUACACAGUCGCACAGCUCGGGCGGGAAUCCGCCGCGGGUCGGCCGACCGCGCAAGGCUGCCAAGUGCAACAAGAAGUCAGACCAGCAGACUGUCACCGCGUGCGAUAUCAAGAACAUGACUAUACUUAAAUACCAACAGCACUUGAACAAGUUGUGGCAGGAGCCACAAAUGAAACCCCUCACCGCUAAAGAAAGGAAUUUGGUGAAGGAAAGACAUUGCUUUUUGUUCAGGAAUCUGGAGAAUGUGCGACGAAUACGCGACCGCCUUUCGAUAGGGCUGCCUCCGUCGCCACCAGCAGCGCCUGCGCCGGCCCCGAGCCCGAGCCCGAGCCCGGCGGUGGCGGCGGUGGCGGCGGUGGCGGCGGUGGCGGCGGUGGCGGCGGUGGCGCCGCCCGCUACUGUUAUCGUGAAUCCGCUGCGGGUGCCCAGCGGCGGGUCGCAGGCGGCGCUCAUAUCGCGGCUGCAGGCGCUGCGGGAGGCUCGCGCGGCGCGGUGCUCGCCGGCGCCCGCGCCCGCCGCGCUCGCGGCACUGGCAGCCCUGCCGCCGCAGCAGCGAAGAAGCAAGCUCUUACUCGCCCUCUAUAAUUCUUUCGUUACCACAAAAGAUGACAAGGACAAGCCUCUAUGCGCAUCUCUCCUCAAAUCUAAGAUGGAUCGUAGCAAAUCACAGGAAGAUUCUACGGCACCGGAUCUACAAACCAUUGAGAGCAAUAUCUUGGUGGAAUUGUACGAUUCCAUGGCGCAGUUCGACGCUGAUAUGAAUGCUGCGUUGACAGCCGCUGCCGUGUCUCCCUCUGCCGCCACGCAGCUCAAAAAGAUGUAUAAUUCAAUUAAAUUGGAUUAUGCAGAUCGGUUAACUAAAGUGCUUGGUCCAGACGAACCUUUGCCACCUGGGUUCCUACAAAAAACAAAGACUGAGGAAGUGAUCCUGUGCAUCUGCGGGCUGCACGUGGAGGAGGGGCUGAUGGUGCAGUGCGGCGGCGGCUGCGGCGCCUGGCAGCACGCGCGCUGCAUGCGGCUGGCCGACCCCGCCGCGCCGCACUACUGCCACCACUGCGCGCCCGCCGCCUCGCCGCCCGACCGCGAGAUCCCGCUCGACGACUACACCGAGGACGGCCACCGCUUCUACCUCUCGCUCAUGCGCGGCGACCUACAGGUGCGACAAGGCGAUACCGUGUAUGUUUUACGAGACAUACCCAUCGAUGAAAAACGUCCAGAUGUUAGCGCCAAAAGUGGAGAGAAAACUGACUCGCCAAAAACAAAACGUCAAGAUAGGAAAAAGGUGAAGAAUAUCGCUAAGGGGAAAAAUAAGAAUAAUGAUCCUGCACAAAAUAAUAAGGAGGGUGAGGUCCGAAAACAUACGUAUCAAACAAUUGGCGAGAUCCCAGUAUCGGAGCUGGAUAUCUUCCGUGUGGAGCGUUUGUGGAAGCACAAGGAUACCCAAGAGAGAUUUGUCUAUGGGCAUCACUACCUGCGACCACACGAAACUUUCCAUGAACCAACUAGGAAGUUCUUCCAUAAUGAAGUGAUGCGUGUCCCGCUAUACGAGGCUGUGCCCAUAGAGCUAGUAAUGUCACAAUGUUGGGUCAUGGAUUUAAAUACAUAUUGCAAGGGUCGCCCCGUGGGCGCGGAGGAAGAACACGUGUACAUCUGCGAGCUGCGCGUAGACCGCACAGCGCGCCUCUUCACCAAGAUUUCGCGGCCCAACUACCCCAUCUGUACCAAAGCGUACGCCUUCGACCACUUCCCGCAGCGGCUCAAGAUUACCAGGACCUAUGCUCCCCAUGAAGUAUCACCGGAGUAUUUAAAAGGCAGAGCAUCUAAGAGCGCCGCGCCUACUGAAAAGACUAACAAAAAUUCGAAUAGCAAAGAUACUAAAAAGAAACCAUCUGUCGCACAUCCAGAUACUUCCAAGCAGUGUAGCGUAUCGGCCCCUGCGGCACCCGUGGCCCCCGCGGCACCCGCGGCGACGGCUCGCGCCCGCCGCGAGCAGCAGAAGGAGCGCGUGAACAGCAUCGCGCGGCGGCUGCUGGCGCGGGGCGGCUCGCGCCUGCCGCUGGACGCCUCGUACCUGCUGGCGCCCCGGCGGCCGCGAGCCCGCGUCUCCUGACCCGCCUGCGUCUGCUGCCCGCCCCGCCGGCCCUUCUAGGUGCUCCUGCUGCCACCUCCCCUUACCCCUGUGGCCGUCCUAAGUGGUCUCCCCCUCCCUCCCCAGUGAUAUUUAUUACUUCUGGCUGACUCUGGCUACCUCUAUGCCCCUGCUAGUCCUACUUAGUACCACUCUGGGAUUCUGUACCCGCUCCCUUGUCGCAAUUAGCCCAGUUAGUUACUUGGCUCCGUUAAACGGCCCUAUUAACCCAGUGAUCCCCAGUCGGUAUCACUCCCACCAGUGCAAUGUGUGUACAGUAACAAAAUUAUUUAUAAACGAGGUCUAAAUUCGGUAUGUACAUACAUUUGAUAGUUUUAGGGGACAUACCAAUCGUUAUCGAUUGACGUCCUUUUACAUAAUAUUGUAUAUUUAUAUUCUAUUUCCGGCAACUUGUUAUAUUAAGAAGAUGGUUGUUAAACUAUUGAAUUUUAAUAGAUUCCAUCAUUCUUUUAUAGAGCAUAUUUCUAUUAGUGAUGUUAUUGGUAGAAGUCUGAAUUAUAUGAAAUUGCAUAACCCGUCGAUACUGGAUUAUAUCAAUUACGUGUUAAUCAUAUAUAUUUCGACUUUACUAAUGACCUAAUAAAAAUUUACUCUUUAAAAGAGCAGUAUAAUAGUAGGGACUUCUCUCUGGUCUCGAGAUAUUGUUACUAUUAUGUUGAAAUACAACAUAAAAUAAUAUAAUAAUAAUUAAUAUUGUGUUUAAAUAUAGAAUUACACAUAUCUUUAACGUAAUCCUGUCUAAAUAAUAUAAUAUAAAGUUGAUUUAAAGUAUUGUUUUUUUUUUAUGAAAAUUCAAUAGGAAGUAUUAUCCUAAUAUGAAUUCAUUAAAAUUAACAACAUAAUCGUAACAAUACCCAAAGAUAAAAGUAUUCUUAUCCCUCAUGCAAUAUUCUGAUGACUCCAAAUUUGCGGCAACUAUAUUGAUCAUAAUAAAAUCAUAACAGUGUCUCGAUGUGAUAUUCAAAGUAUUAUCAUACUGAGUUAUUAUAAUUUUUGUAUAUAAUAUUAAAAAUACUAUAAUUGCUUGCCUCUUAUAAAGUCAAUCGCAAAGUAAUUAUCAAUGUAAAUUAUUUUACAUGACUGAUUGUGCAAUUGUUCACGUUAUAUUACAUUCAAUAUAAAUAACAUACUAUAUAUACAUACACAUUCCUCUAGACUUUGUUUGUGACAAUAAAGUAAUAGGCAGGCCCUGACCAGGUCACGGUCGGUUGAGUAAAGUUUGUCCAGAUGGAAUCUCUUGUAUCUUUUGUAUAUAAAUCUUCAUGACAUUGAUUUAAUAUUAUUAAAUAGGAUAUAAAAUACGUAUGUAUUGUAUAAGUCAACUUGAAUAGUAUUUUUAUAAUAUUUAAAAACUGUAAUUAUUCCAGUUCUUUUUUUUUAUUCUACUAUUUUAGUAUGUAUUGAUUUAAAAAAAUCGGUCUAACCGAAACUUAAAAAUUGUAUCUACAAUUUAAUCUCAGUGUAUUUUAGUCAGUUAAGUAUUCACUUUUGUAUGCUUGAAGCUGCAUAAUAUAUUUAGGGUGCAGCAUAAUCAUGUUAUUCUAAUGUAGUAUAUAAAUAGUUAUAUUUUUACAUAAGACAUGUGAAUAUUUGUUAUUAAACAGUGUAUUGUAUGUAGACUAAUUGAAUUAUUAGUUGACGACCACUGGUGCGAACUGCUGUUGAAUGUUGAAGAGUUUUAAUAGAGGUUUACAGAGAGGAGUUGUUUGGGAGGUUGUUACUGUAAUAUUUAGUGGUUAGUUAUUAUUAUUACUCUUUUAUUUAUAAUAUUCCACUAGGAUUAGUACCAUGGAAUAAAAUUUACUUUCGAGCUCUGGUCAUAUAUAAAAUACACUAGAUGUGUAGGACUUUUGUCGUGCACUGAAAUCUCUCUAAUUUUUUUAUACUUAAGUUUAUCUUGUACAUAACUUAGUGUAUAAGGUGGUUGGUUGUUUUUUAUUAUAAAUCGAAUGAUAAUAUAUUGCUUACUGUAUGGAUGUUCGGUUAUCCUCAUCGAAGUUUCUCUGCUUUGUUUAUCUUAGUCAUUGUGCGCCACGCAAACUUCUCUUGCUGCUAGCCUUGAUUAUUAUUGUGAUUACAGAGAACAAAGUUGUUUUUGUUUCUAAUUUAUUUGUAAAUUACUGUUAAUAUUUACAAUAUUUUCUUACCAUAAUUUUUCUAUACUUUUGUAGCAUUAAGAGACUUAACAAUUUCCAUAAUGCUUUUACACUUGCACGCUUUUUAUGUUAUAAUCGACUGUGAGGUCGAAAUAAUUAAGGAAAUUGAUCCCAAAAUCUAGUACAAAGCCCCACCACCUAAUAUUUGUCUAAUCACUUCCCAGAAUAAAAAAAAAUGAAAUAGUUCGAAAUAGGGUCAACUACGGAUACUCUAAUGUUUACAUUAUAGGUAGUUAGACAGUUUAUUAUAGCUAGAUGAAUUAGAGUGCACACUUAGUUCUUGGAAAUAUUGUUAACAGUAAAAAUAUCGUGACAACAGAGAGAUUUAAUCUAUUUAUCACUGAUCAAUGUUAUUUUUGCUCCUACAUGCACAUUCAAAUGUAAUAGACAUUGCCUUGUAGAAAAUGAAUAUUCAUAAUACCGCAACAUCUAUAUCUACAACAUAAAAUAGUGGAGAAAAAAAAAAUGCAUUCAUGUACUUAAUUAGAAAAAAAAAUAGUUACAAUAGCCAAUAAUUAUAAUAGUUUAAGAUGUCACAUUCUUGUUUGCUUUUUGUGUGAUUUUAGUACCUACUUUAAUAAUAAGUUGUUAUAUAAAACACAGUUAAGUACACAUAGUACUAUAGAUAUUUUGGGAUCAAAAAGUAUUAAUCGAUUGGCCAUCAAAAUUAUUUUAUCCUGUAAGGUUUAAUCUACUUGAAUCUUUCGUAGUGACAGGGUGAACGUGCUGUGCCUUGUUCUUUAUAAUGGUAUGCCAAUUUUACAUUUGGAAAUUUUCCCGAGUGUGAAUUCUUAUUGAACUAUUUUAUUGAAAUCGUUUAUAUUUUUAGAAGGACUGAAGAAGGCUAUCAUUUAGAGGGUUCAAGUUGAUUUCACCAUGUCUUUUGAAAUACCUGUUACGAUGUAUUAAUCGGUAUAUGAGCAGCUUUAUUAUUUAUAUGUAUUUAAGAUGCCAUUUGUUGUAACUCAUGUUUUAAUAUUAAAAUUAAAAAUUUUGGAUCAA